UAACACGUACACAGUAACAUGUAAACAAAAAGGACUUGAUGCUGCUUUUGUCAGUGACAAGCGUUGCAGCUUUGGCAUAUAUAUCCCGGUGCACCAUGAUUACUUUAUCUUUAAUAUAUUGAUCACAACAUUUUCUUUGUAUAUAGAUCUAGAUGGAAAAUAUUUACUGGCUUAAAGCCUAUUUAAGAAUACUAUUUUAUUUAUAGAUCAUUCGUAAUGCACGCACGUUUAACCAUUCCAAAAUUGUGUGUGUGCGUUUUAGUCGUGUUGGAUUUGGGAUUGCAUGGCAUUCCGCAAUUAGUCGAAAUGUCGUGUAGAGGGAUUUUUUUAAUUAAGCAGAGGUGAUCGAAUUAACUUCACUUUUGGUUCAGUCCAGUGUCAAGUAUAGCCGGAACCGUUAUAUAUCAUUGCGGCAUUGCCGCCAAGGAUUUAGCUGGUUUUUAUGGAAAGUUGCGUUUGUUGCAAAGAAUUGUUAAAAUAACUUACGAACAGAUUGUCCAAAGGAUACAGGAAACAACAAAAUUGUUAUUGAGUUGUGUUUCAAAAUGACUAGAGAAAACAGUGGAAAGCCUAUGCAUCAUGAGCCUUCUGAGGCAGAGAAAGAAGAGUCCAUGAAGAGACUAGGCAAACGACUGACGUAUAUUUUGCGCUAUGGAGCUUUAAAGGAAGGGUUGGAAGUUAAUGAAAAUGGCUAUGUAAAGCUUGAGGAUCUUCCAACUUUGGGUCUACUCAAAUAUUACACGAGUGAUGAAUUACUGGAACACGUAAAGAGUUCUGUGUCCUCCAGAGGUGGCCAACGUUUUGACUGGAGAGAGCAGAAUGGAACUGUGUUCGUGAGAGCUGCUUACCUGAGAAACUUUGAAAAGAGCCCAUAUCAUCCUGGCACAAAAGUUUUUACUCUUGGAGAGAGCUGCAUGACAUAUGUUCUGAAACACCUUGAUGACUAUGAUUUAGAAGACUUUCCUGAUGAAACCAUAAUACGAUUGAUGAUCCGUCGUUUGAAACGUCAGAAAAAGCUCAACAGUGCAGCGUUGACUGCACUACUCGUUCCAACUCUUACACGACUAGACAUGGAAGAUGUGUACCUGACCAAUAAAACACUGCGUACACUUUGGACACAGUGUCCCAAUCUUGUUGCCAUCAGUUUUAGAAACUGUGGCUAUAUCAUCACCGACAGUGUUCUUGCUCAGUUGGCCAAGAAUCUUCCUAAUCUUCAGAGGCUCAACUUAAGUGGCUGCGAUCACUUGAGCAGCAACUGCUUAUCUAUGUUAUCCAAGAGACUCCCUCACCUGCAUUUCCUCAACAUUUCAACAGGACCCAGACUGACAUAUGAAGCUGUUCUCUCUUUCAUCAAGUCUGCGAAAGAAAUGACAUUUCUUGAUGUUUAUUACCUCAGGACAACUCCGGAGGAAAACAGGACUUUAGUUGAACUUGCCAAAGAAAAGGGUGUGGAGUUGAUUUUGCGGGGACCGAAGCCAGGACAAGAUGGAGGAAAGGAGAGUGGACAAAGUAUAGAUGAUUCUGCUCAGAGCAACAGUGACAUAGAGAAUAGUGGUGAUGAAGACGAUGAGGAUUUUGAUAAUGAUCUGUAGAGAAAGCUGAAGCUGUGAUUCUUCUACCAUGGGCAUUAAUUGUUGUUAACGAGAUGUUAGUGUCCAGUGAUAACACUUUUGGACUCGCAACCAUAAAGUCUUUUGCAGUCUGUUGCCAGGUAUCCAUAACCUCCAUUACGAGAAAAAUUCAUGUAAUGUGCCUCUCCGAAGGACACAUGGUUGAGCCCCAUUAUAUGAGGAUCAAACCCACAACUUUUCGGCUGCAAGCUGAACAGUUUAACCGUUUGACAACUGAUGCAGAAACACUGCUGUUGUGCCAGCUUACCACAAACUGUCUCAACUCUGUUGUUCCUCUUUUUGUGAAUUUCCAUUUAGCUUUGUCUGGUCAGCUCUUUUGAAUUUUGAAGGGAUAGAUGGGGUGGUUGGUGGGUGCUCUGGUGUAGUUUGCUCCUUCUUUCCUAUCAAACAUCUAUUGUUCUUAUCUCUCCUUUUUUAUGUUUGUUACUCUCUAGUAACACCUCUAAAUUCAGCACUUAUGCACAACCUAAUUGAGUUGCUAGUGUUGUAAAACUUUAAAACAAAACAAAGGCAAAGCAUUGCAAUAUACGUUCACUUCAUCUAAUAUGGUGCCAUCUCUGACCUGAGUUCAUGACCUUUGACAGGCUGAAAUAACUGACGGUGAUUCAUUCUAAACCGUAUUGGAGGUUUCCAGUGAGUAGCAGAGGAUGAGAAGAAAUUGCUGUACUUGUCUUUCAAGUUCCACGUCCCCAUCAACACAAUCUCAGCUAUUUAAGUUACGACCUGCUUCAACCCAGCCUGUCAAGGCCAAUUUAGUGUGGAGAAAGAGGGAAAUACUAUAUAUCGUCACUGCCCUAGCAAUUGAAUGGCACAUCUCAUUUUUGCUACUUUAGUGAUAAAAAUGAAAAAAAAAAUUUGUUCAGUUAGACUAUUUAUCAUUUUAUAAUGGUAAAACAUGCCAUGAAUGUUUCUUUUUUGACUGCCAGCACAUGUUUUGUUUGAUUUCAUCAAUAUAAUCCUUGAA